AUACGUCACUUCCGCCUCUUCCUUGGCAUAGCAAGAUGGCGGCCGUCGUGGAGAGGGUCGAUGGAUAUGUUGGCUCCUUGGACUUAGAAGCGGUGUCACCGAGACAGUGCACUCCUCCACCGGACCAUCCGCACCAGAACAACCCGCUGUUAGGAUUGCCCAUCGUGGCCAUUGAGACUAUCCUCAAUUUCUUGUCCUACGAUGAAAUCAGCCUGCUCCGCUCGGUUUGCAAGCGCAAGGACAUUAUCUGCCAGCGUGUUCUCAAUCAAGGCUUCCUCAAGGUGGAGCGUUACCACAGUCUGUGUCAGAGACAAGUUAAAGCUCAACUACCCAGGCGAGAAUCCGAGAGGAGAAAUCAUUCACUGGCCCGUCAUGCAGAUAUCCUGGCUGCCGUGGAAACGCGCCUCUCUCUGCUCAACAUGACCUUCAUGAAAUAUGUCGACUCCAACCUCUGCUGCUUCAUCCCUGGAAAGGUGAUAGAUGAGAUUUAUCGUGUGCUGCGCUAUGUGAACUCCACUCGUGCCCCCCAGCGAGCUCAUGAGGUUCUUCAGGAGCUGAGGGAUAUCUCCUCCAUGGCCAUGGAGUACUUUGAUGAGAAGAUCGUCCCCAUCCUGAAGAAGAAGCUGCCAGGUGCUGAUCUGUCUGGCCGUCUCAUUGGGUCUACACCAGUGGCAGGUCCAUCUACCUCCCUGACUACCAUGUCCCUGCUUGCCAAGAACACACCAUCACGCUCUGAGAUGACCAAGGUGCAGCAGCAGGUGAAGGUGAAUGGGGCGUCCAUGACAGUAAUGCGGAGGGAGAUGCAAGAAAUCCGUGUGAAACAGCUGGAGCAGCAGAAGCAACUGCAGGACCAGGAGCAGAAGCUGUUGGAACAGACCCAGGUGAUUGGUGAACAGAACGCCCGGCUUGCGGAGCUAGAGCACAAGCUCCGUGAACUGAUGGACAGUAGCGCGGCUGCAAUUGGAGGAUCCAGGCCCAACACAGCUGUCCCCUCCACAUCUAGCAGCGUGUCCUCAACUGUCGCCAGUACUUCUGGUACUGUGCCGGCAAGUGGCAGCAUUGCUGCAGUAUCAAUACCAGUAGAGCCAGAGGGUCAGGGAGGGUCAUCACUCAAACGCACAAGAAAGAACUCGGACCUUCCACGGCAGUCGAAACGGCUGCGCAGCAAGAAAUAAGAGACUCAGUGUGUCAUUUAGUUAAGUUUUGUUUUUGGUUUCAACAUCUGACUGAUCACACCUUAUUCCCAAUGACCUGCGUCACCAACACUCAUUGUCUGUCCAGUUUGUCAGAUGAGUCACGAAUAGAAAUAUCCCUGUAUACUUUACCAGUGUUUUCUCUUUUUUGGGGUAUUGGAUUUGAGAAUAGUGUUAAAUACAUUGCUGCUGUAUCACAGUUAAAACAAUGAGCCCACAGCUUCAUCACGACUUUGCAAAACGUUGACAGGGUCAACAUUAGAUUUUAAUUUACUGUCUUUGUUUUUCUAUCUUUCUCUUGUUAACAAAUAGCACGAAAACACCCACAGCAACGGGUUGGUGUGAGGAAUCUUAUAGAUAUAUAGGAACUUUUUUUUAAGCUCCCAACAAAGCUGCAUGCUGCAGUAUUUCUUUUUUUUUUAAGUCCUCAACAUGGGAGUUGUCUACAAAAAGAAAAAUAUUGAAUAUCUCCAAACUUAUAGGGAUUAUUAGUCACAGCUAUAUCAGGGGGUGGGCAGGAAGUUGGCCUAUUGCAGCAAGAUUACAUUGAAAUGACUGCACAGAUUUUUAAUGUAGAUGCUUUUCUAAGAAGCUUUUAUGUUUAUGUUCUGGUAUUACAGAACAGAAAUUCAGAUGUUCUGUAAAAAAUUUGAAUAACUAAAGUGACAAAGUGCAUGACUUAUUCAUAAUACUACUUAUAAUGCUGAAACCAAAUUGAAGUGACAUGUUAUAGGUAAUAAUUGAUGUCCCUUCCAUUUUCACAUGACUAAGUCUGCAUCCAUAAACAUUCAUUUAAUUCACAUUUGCUUUUUCCUGACCUGGCUAUGUGCAAUAACAAUCAUCUAAAUAGUAACAAGUAGUUUAUAUUCCUUUCCAGUUGCUUUGUUAUUCUAUUCAAAAUUGCUGCUCAGACCUUUCCAGUUAAAUAAGUUUAUGAAUCCCCUUUUAAGGAAGGAUGUGAUCUUACAGAAGGAAAAGGAAGUGUUCAAUUAGCAUUAGUCAGUGUCACCUGUUGACUGAUGUCUUCUCUGCUUUGCAGGGCCUAACAGAGAGGUAAAUGUUGUGGGGAUUGCAUUUCCCAGAUAUCAUUGUUCGAAAUGCAGCUGUGGCUCCGCUUUGUGUGAAAAUAAUUUCUUCAGAAGAUGUUCAGCGAGAGCAGACACUUUAUAGCUCUGAUGUUAAUGCUUUCCCAUUAGAAGUUACUGUAUGUGGACAAAGGAACUAUAGGACUACAGUCCAAUGGCAACACAAUUUUAAGCAUCUGUCCUUCACGGAUCCUACUGGUGUUUUUACAUAUUUCAUCCCAUAUUCUACAAUUAUUGUACCGCUCAAUACAGCUAAACAUUUUGCAAAGAA